UGAAAAAGCAGGACUAAGUUCUUUGCAUAUCAAGAAAUGGUCGAUAACAUUGGUGCUAGUGCUUCGAGUGAAUAUGGUAGCAUCAAGGAGCAAGACAAGUUGCUGCCGAUAGCCAACGUUGGUCGGAUCAUGAAGCAAAUUUUACCUCCUAAUGCAAAAAUCUCCAAGGAAGCUAAAGAAACGAUGCAAGAAUGUGUUUCGGAGUUCAUUAGCUUUGUCACUGGUGAAGCGUCGGAAAAGUGUCGAAAGGAAAGGCGAAAGACCGUGAAUGGAGAUGAUGUUUGCUGGGCUAUGGGAGCUCUAGGUUUUGAUGACUAUGCAGGGCCUCUAAGAAGGUAUCUGCAAAGAUAUAGGGAGUUAGAAGGAGAUAGAGCUAAUCAAGAAAAGGCAAGCAAUAGCAAUACCGAGGAAAGAGAGGAAUCAUCAUCCUCGUAUAGAAAUAACCAAAGGAAUCAGGAAGUAGGAGUAGUACCAGCAACAGCUCCAGCUCCAUUGAAGUAUGAUGAGAAGAGGAAUAGCUCCAGUUCAAGGCCAAUUGAUUGAGGUUAAUUGGAAGGGAAUAGGGUAGAUUUAUGGGUUUAUUUUACUCUUUUUUUUUUUUUUUUCCAUUUGGGUGUUUUUAUUGUAUGAUGAGAUUUUUGAAUCUCAGCUCAAUUAAUCAAUAUCCCUGACCUAUGCAAUUUGAUAAGCUGGUUCAAGAGGAUAUGCAAUCACCGAUGAAUCAAUCUUAGC